GGGGAGGGAGGGGGGGAGCGCGCGAGAGAGUGGCUGAGUGAGUUUACCCUUAUGAGGCGGUGAGAGGCCCGGGGCCUACUUCAAAGGAGCGGGGUCGCGGCGCUAGCUAGCAGCGGGCCCCCUCCUGGUCCCCGGGCCCGGCAGUGCGGCGGCGGCGGCUCGGUAGUGAGGAGGUGGGGAAGCGGGUGUCCGGCCCUAGACAUGGAGGGCAUGGACGUGGACCUGGACCCCGAGCUGAUGCAGAAGUUCAGCUGUCUGGGCACCACCGACAAGGACGUGCUCAUCUCCGAGUUCCAGCGGCUGCUCGGCUUCCAGCUCAACCCGGCUGGCUGCGCCUUCUUCCUGGACAUGACCAACUGGAACCUACAAGCAGCAAUUGGCGCCUAUUACGACUUCGAGAGCCCAAACAUCAGUAUGCCUUCUAUGUCUUUUGUUGAAGAUGUCACCAUAGGAGAAGGGGAGUCAAUACCUCCUGAUACUCAGUUUAUAAAAACAUGGCGGAUCCAGAAUUCUGGAGCAGAGGCCUGGCCUCCAGGGGUUUGUCUUAAAUAUGUCGGGGGAGACCAGUUUGGACACGUGAAUAUGGUGAUGGUGAGAUCGCUAGAGCCCCAAGAGAUUGCAGAUGUCAGCGUCCAGAUGUGCAGCCCUAGCAGAGCAGGAAUGUAUCAGGGACAGUGGCGGAUGUGCACUGCUACAGGACUCUACUAUGGAGAUGUCAUCUGGGUGAUUCUCAGUGUGGAGGUGGGUGGACUUUUAGGAGUAACGCAGCAGCUGUCAUCUUUUGAAACGGAGUUCAACACACAGCCACAUCGCAAGGUAGAAGGAAACUUCAACCCGUUUGCCUCUCCCCAAAAGAACCGACAAUCAGAUGAAAACAACUUAAAAGACCCUGGGGGUUCUGAGUUCGACUCGAUCAGCAAAAACACAUGGGCUCCUGCUCCUGACCAAACCGAGCAAGAUGAGAAUAGACUUUCACAGAACUCUGUAAAUCUGUCCCCCAGCAGUCACGCAAACAACUUAUCAGUAGUGACUUACAGUAAGGGGCUCCACGGGCCUUACCCCUUCGGCCAAUCUUAAACGGGUGUCAGCAAGAAGAAAAACUAACAAAAGACAGAAGGUUGACUUUGGUGGCGGGCGGGCAAGGGGUUCCUCUGGAUUGUAGACCACAUCGCACGGACCUCUGGCUCUGAUCGUCCAUCCUGGAAGAAGAGGAAGAAGCAGAACAGACUAGUUUUGAGUAAACUCAGUGUGCAUGUGUGAAUGCUGAAUCGCUGGAGUGGUGUUGAGGCUACCAAGAAGAAAUCCAUGCAGCCACCUUGGGUUUUGUUUAUUAGGCGUCAGUCUAACAAGUAUUUAGGCCACUCGGGAAGGGGAAAAAAGCCAUCUUUUUGAACAAAAAUUAUUUUGCCUACAGACAGGUUGUAGUUUUGAGCACAUGUUAAUUUACCCCCUCUUUCUACACUUUUAUUUUUUUAGAUAAAGGAUAACAUACUCUUUGUAGAAUAGCCGCUUGCUCCGGGAGUUCAGGUUCAGAGCUGGUAUGGUGUUGGGGGCUCGUGGGCAGUGCUGCCGGAGGCAUCUGCCAUGCCGCGUGAUCCAGAGUCUGAUGGCAUCAGCCAGUGAGCUAUUGCCCCUUUCCUCUUCUUUUCUCUUCCAUCUUCUGUUGAUUUACACCUUUGACAUCUGUAAUUGUCAGAGCCUCUCUGAAGACCAAACUUCCCUGUGUGGCCAGCAGAGGAAGCCUGAGGACAGGCCUCAGAUGAUACGGGAGUUUCGAAGGCUGAGAGGUGUCCUUCUGCACACUUGUCACAGUUCAGACUGCUUUUCUCCCGUGUUUCUCGUGGCAGAAAUGUCAUCGUGCUUACUGCUGUUUGGAUUCUGCGUCCACAGUGGCCCCCGGUCACUCUGGGAGUGGUGCCUCUGUGCCGCAUAUAUGCGAGUGCCACAUGCACACUCACGGAUGUUGGUACAGCUCACCAGCAAGUGUGAAGUAAAGGUCCCAUGCUUCUCUGUUGUCACACAACUCCCUUCCCCGUGUUUCCUCUCACUGUCUUUUGUGGUGUUUUCAUAGCCUGUUAGUGGAGGCUGAGCUGUUAAGGUAUGAAAAUACAGCCACAAUCGGGGAACUUGCCAUGGGGAAGGGCCAGAGUUACUGACUCUGUGAUCUUGGAGACCACACUUGGGUGGAAAUGAGAGGACCCGCGUCCCGAGCAGGAUGCGUGGUUAUCAGGAGGUGGUGGGCAACAGGCAGCCCAGCCAGAGCAGAGGCUGGUUGGCUGGUUGCUCACUUGGGCGGGAAGCCCCACUGGCUUCCUGUGGAUUCUGAGCAGGUUGAGAUGUGGGUAUCUCCAUGGGGAGCUCGAACCAGGCUAGAACAGCUGUCUGCCAAAGAUACAAGAAUAUGCAAAGUCCCUCUUCUCUUCUCACCCCGCUCCUUCCCUCAAGUGUUGGUUGGUUUGGAAGCCAGGGGUAUGGAUCUAGGAUGUAGGGCUCAGUUGCCUGUCUGUUACCGCACCCCAGCCCACCCUGGGGGUGUGAGUCAAGGAGGGAGACCAGGUGAUGAGUGGCUGCAAGGGGUCGUAUAGCCUGGGUGCGGGUGAGGGUCUGCCUGCCUGUCUGUCUCUGUUUGGGUGUGUGAGUUCAAAAAAUGUGUGUUGUUUGUUCCUCCUCAUCCUCUUCUGAGACUGUUUUUUAAAAGCUUGAUUGUGAGCGAUAAGCUUGUAUGAAAUAAACCCUUUUGCCUUCCCUCCUCCCCCAGAAAUAAAAGAAGGGAUAUAAUUUGGUCCACUGGAGAAGCCCCGGGGGGGAGUGGAGCCAGCCUGCAGAGCAGGGCAGUACAGCUAGGUCUGGGGCUGGACCAGGGCUCACAGUGGGGUGCCCACUUUUUAUGCACAUGAAGAGUACCCCAUUUCUGAGCAGAGCAGAGGGGUGUCCCUGUCAGGUGCCCAAGCCAGGGGCUCAUGAUAACUUUUUGGCUGAGGACCCUGUUAGGCCCAGACUGCCACUUCUGUUGGUGCCAACCUCCUGGGACACCGCCUCCCUGGAGCCUGCCCAUGCCUAGCAUUCUCCUCGUUUGAUAGUCCUCGGAGUGGCAUGUCUCCAGGUACCCCUGGCAGGAUCGUGGGGGCUUUCCAUAACCUGGCUUCCUGGCUUCCUCAUCUGCCCCGUGCAAGUUGCCCCUUCACCGUUUCCCGGGAGGAGCUGCCUGCCGCUGUUCAGCAGAGACCUGCUGCUCUUGCUUGUAGGCACCCUGACCUGGCAUAGUGACUGUCCCAGUCAUGCUGCCUUCCCUCCCGAGAACAAACUAUUUCCAUACACAUCCUUGCAGAGGGCCAGAGCAAGCGCAAGCCAUGGAGUAGGGUCAGGAGUUCAUGGCUCCCCUGGACCAGGGGUUAGCUGUACCAUUCAUUCUGCCUCUGCUCACUGGUGUGAGCCUUCCUCACUGAUAGUGGGGUGGUACAGGCUACCUUCUCAGCCCCAGUAGCCUCUGCUCUUCACCGAACAGCUGAUGUCUGUGGGCAGGAACACCAGUGGCAGACUCACGAGGUGAGGUAGGCGCCACCCUUAGGGGAUGUGGGAAGUCCGGUGUGGGAGGUGGAGGUGCUCCAGCUCGGGAAGAGCCCAUCUGUGUGCAUGGGGUGAGGUGUGUGGAUGUGUGUGCACACGUGCAUGCCCUUUUUUUUUUUUUUUUUUUUUUUUGUCAUGGGGACAGUUGAAUUCAGGGCAUUUUUCUGCAAGAGACAGAUUUCUCUCCCUUUAUAAGGACUGGCUAUAACCUGAAACCCAUCUAAGGCACUUCUAACCUAGAAAGAACCUAAGCAAGACAGCCGGUGUGGCCGGAGGGUGACCGGGUGGGGAAUGGGCAUGAGAAUAAACAGCUCCCCAAGUCCAAUCCAAGCCCCCUCAGGAGAGGAUGGUGGGGUUGCCAGGGCUCAGAAAAGCACUUGAUCGCCCACCCCGCCCUGCCUUGCCUUGUCUUUGUGUCCUUGGGUGAAGGCUGGAGCAGCAGUGGCUGCCCCCCCCCCUCAACGGGUGUGUAGUAAGCAAGCUGGGUGGGUGUUUGUGGUGGGGCCUCGUGGUGCCUGGGAGGAGAUGAAGAUGAGGAGGUUUUUCCUUACUGUAUAAAUGAAUAUUUGUAUGAUUAAAUUAACACACACCAAAAACAA